CUGCUUAAGACCCUCCUACCAGCUGGGCUGAGAAAGGAGGCGGCACUCUGUUCACAAGCCUCGGACGAGCCCCCGUUUACUGCCCUGUCAGUGUGAAGGGGAAGGAAAGAGAGAGAGAGAAGGGGUGAGCAGGCGAGGAAACCAGAGAACAACUGUGUGACAGAGGCAAAGACAACGAGGCGGGCUGCUUAGAGAAGUGAGAGAGCAGAAAGGAAGAAAUAAGGGACACAUAUUGCCAGAGCAGGAAGUGGAAGGAUCGCAGACGAGGCACUCUUUCUCUUCUGGCCACAAGGGGCACAGUCAUUGCUUUUAUCCCUUCACUUCUUGAUGAAAACCAGUGGGCUGGACUAACCAAUUACUGGAUUAAAAAAAAAAAAAAUACCCAUUUGGGCUGCAUCUUUAGGAAACAGGAACAGUUUUCCGGUUUUGAGCAGGGCAAACUGAGAGGACUGUCUGUGCUCGCAUCUUGGUGUGGUCUGUUCAUCUGUCUGCCGUCGGUGCUGAGGAUAUCUCCCUUCUGUCCAACAGGACGACGUUGGAUCAAAGUAGAGAAGAGGGAGCGUGUGUAAAAGAGAGAGAGUCUGAAUCAGUGUGUGCAUGAGAGGGAGGUCCAUUAAAGCCAGGGCAAAAGUGAAAUAGCUGGAAUAGAGAAGUGAACGCACACGUCCUCGCCUGUGUUCCUUUGCCAUCCCUUUCCUCCUCCUCCUCUUCUUCCUCCUGUUCCUCACCCAUUUUCCAAACAUUCCAAGGACCGCCUGCUUCUCUUCACGACUUGUCCUUCCUCCGCAUCCUCUACCUCUCCUUUUUAUGACAACUUAACCGAUAUCCGCGGCGGACGAGCGCGCUACUCUUGGAUCAAGUUCUUGAGGGAAUAUUUCCAUUCAUCAAGCAGCGCACGACUGAGAGAGAGUCCGCCGUGUACCGAGGCUGUGGACCACGUUUCUCUCAUCCUUCUCCCAGCUGUGCAGGACCUAGACCCCGCAUUCCCUCUAGUGGACCAGACCGAAAAGAAAGGGUUCUUACAAACUGUCCACUCCUCCACUCCCACCAUUAUUAGCUAUUUGGCAGCUCCUUCCCCCCCGUGUCACCAUUCCCUGCCUCAGUGCUAAGGAUUCCAGCUACAUGGGCAAGCGAUUGGAGCAGCAACCAAUGUACCCUCAGUACACCUACUAUUACCCCAAUUAUCUUCAGACUAAGCAGCCCUAUGCUCCACCCCCUCACCCCAUGGCUCCUCCCAGCCCCAGCACUAACAGCUGCAGCCAGGGAGGGGCGGAGCAGCUGAGUAAGACCAACUUGUACAUCCGAGGCCUGCCACCUGGGACUACGGACCAGGACCUCAUCAAGCUCUGCCAACCGUAUGGAAAGAUCGUGUCAACGAAGGCCAUUCUGGAUAAGAACACCAACCAGUGCAAAGGCUACGGCUUUGUUGAUUUUGACAGCCCAGCUGCAGCACAGAAAGCCGUGUUGUCUCUCAAAGCUACCGGAGUGCAGGCGCAAAUGGCCAAGCAACAGGAGCAGGACCCUACCAACCUGUACAUCUCCAACCUACCCAUCUCAAUGGACGAGCAGGAGCUGGAGAACAUGCUGAAGCCUCUGGGUCACGUCAUCUCCACCAGGAUACUGAGGGAUGCUAACGGGGUCAGCAGGGGAGUUGGCUUUGCCAGGAUGGAAUCCACUGAGAAAUGUGAAGGAGUCAUUCAGCAUUUCAAUGGAAAAUACCUGAAAACCCCACCAGGAAUUCCAACCCCCACAGAGCCUCUGCUGUGUAAAUUUGCAGACGGAGGCCAAAAGAAGCGCCAGAGUCAGAGCAAGUACCCUCAGAAUGGGAGGCCGUGGCACAGAGAAGGCGAGACUGGGAUGGCGUUGACAUACGAUCCCGCUGCAAUGCAGAAUGGGUUCUACUCCUCGCCUUACAGCAUCGCCACCAACCGCAUGAUCGCACAGACCUCCAUCACGCCCUUCAUCGCUGCUUCCCCCGUUUCCACAUAUCAGGUCCAGAGUACAUCAUGGAUGCCUCAUCAACAAUAUGUUAUGCAACCUACAGGUGCAGUGAUCACGCCAGCCAUGGACCACACGAUGUCCAUGCAGCCUGCCAGCAUGAUGGGACCCCUCACCCAACAGAUGAACCAUCUGUCCCUGGGUACCACAGGAAGUUACAUGACUGCCGCCGCUGCAGCAGCGCCUAUGCAAGGGACCUACAUUCCCCAGUACACUCCUGUGCCUCCAACAGCCGUCCCUGUCGAAGGAGUCGUGACUGAUGCCUCCCCGCAGACAGUGAAUCCCUCAUCACAGGAAGUGGGUGGCCAGCAGCAACAGAUUCAGGUGGACAGUGCUGCUGAACACGUUCCCGCUUACUCAUACCAGUCCAAAUAACAACGGCCUCAAAGAAUGUUCCUGUGACAGCGUUGCCUUGAGACAUAAGGUGGCUGCACUGUGAAUGUGAGGGGGGAAGAAAGAGAUUGCUUCCAGAUUGCCCAGGCACCAAAAAAGAGACACUUUUUUCAUUUUCUACCUGGUCAACUAUAGAAAAAAAAACAAUAAGGAAGCAAUGAAUGCUGAGAGAGGGGGAGGGGGGGGUUGGGAAAUUGCAGGGCACAGUGCAAAGGAGUGAAAUUGUUUUAGUGUGAAAACCUGCCUCAAGGGCUGGGCUGGAGCUAGAAAAUUUUCUCAAAGAAAAUGAAAAAAAAAACACCAAAAAAAAAAAAAAAAACACCACAGGAAGGAAAAAAAAAAAAAAGACAAAAAAUGAAUGUGAAGCUAGGCGAUGAAGUUUAUUUUGUAAUUAGAAAGCGGGGAGUCACAUUUGAGAUACACACCGAAGAUUGUCUUCCUCAGAUAUUAAGCUACAGUUUCUUUUCAGUAUUUUUUAUGUUCUAGUGUUAAAUUUUAGUUUUCUAGGUAUAUUUUAAAACAAAGUGGGUUUUUUCUGUCUUGAAUCUUCAUGGCCUUAAUUUCAAGGGCGCCAGAGACUUUUUACAAGUUCAAGUCUGACGUCUGGUUGGAAAAAAACAAAAGAAAAAAAAACAAAAAAAAAACAGAAGCGAAUCAGUCUUUUGGACCACACGGGGGGGGGUCCAAGGAAUAGAAUCUAUCACAUAAGCUGUACAGAUUUACUAGAGAAAAGUGUUUUUUCUUUUCUUCGUUCGAAGAAAGGUUUGAUUAUUAUGUCAGAGGUAACUAGAUGUUAAGAAGCUAAAGGGGGGGGGGAAGACUUGAGAUUUUUCAUAACGAGGAAAACAUACGCAAACACGCUGCAUUGCGGAUGCAGUCUGUUUUGUAAAACGCUGAACUCGCUUUUUUAUGGUCAUCGUUAUUAUUUACCGAGCAAUGUUGCUGUCAAUGACAUUACUGCUUUUUAUCUGCCACAUUUUACAUUUUUUAUGAGCUUUCCGGUGUUUUUAGCCCGCUUUGCUUGUCACACUGCAAGAAAAAAAAAAAAGAGAAAAAAUUAUAAAACUGAAAAAAAAAAUAAAUAAAAAAAAAAGAAUUUAAAAACCCUACAGAAAAACCUGGCAGUGAAACAAAAACAUUCAAUCAGUGCAAAAAGCAAUAGAGGAAAUUGUUGACAAUUUCUGUAGUCUUUCCUAGUCGUGGAUCAAAUGCAGCCCAUGGAUGGCCAUUUUUAUACCAAAGAUGAAGAUACACUCUGAAGCAGAGGUCUUUUUUUUUUUCUUUUUCUUUUUCUUCGUCUCAUUUUUCUGUUGGUUGUUGAUGUUGAUGAUGUUGUUGAUGUUGAUAUUGCUGUUGUUCUCGUUGUUGUUGUUGCUCUUGUUGUUGUUUUUUUAUUUUAUUUGAUCUUGACGGCCGGACCAGUCCUUACGGAUCCUUCAUGACAACCCAUGCACCUACACACACACACACACACACACACACAUGCACUUACACACGCGUAAAGCUGUCUUUAACAAGCGAUGUGGCACCGGUGUCUUCACAGUUUAUAAAUGCCGCAUUAGUUCGUCCGCCAAGAGGGCCACGAAAAACUUUUUUUUGCACCUGUGGGUCAUGAGGGCCACUAGAACGCAUAACGUAUUUUCCGGUCCAUAAUUAGAUCUGGAGUAUAAAUCAAAUGAGUCAAAAAAUGAGUCUGAAGAGGGGAAAAAACAUGUGACACUGGACGAUCAGUCGCAUCUACCGGUAUUUAUGAUGGCGCGAUCAUUAGAGGGAACUUGGCGCCGCUCCUAAACAACAUCAAAUUCAUAAGACAAAAAGAUGAAGACAGAGGGAUGGGACAAUGUUUACACCAACAAGGACACAAACUAAAGCUACAGAAUCUAAGUAUUUGGAUCCAAUAAAAACUUACCUGUUUAUUAAAUGUCAGAAUGUUCUCAAAGAAAACACGAUUAAUACGUGACCUGAUGCCCAUGUGCAGCUGGGUGAGUAGAAAUGUAUCAGACAGACGUAUUUUAACACCAAAACAUCAGUUUUGUAUUCACUAAUGAAUUAAAAUAGACUGUGUGUAUUUAGAUAGUCAGUGGCUGGCGCAGCAGCUACAAUCUCCAAGACAGACAUAAUUAGUGUCCUAACACUUCUGUCUAAAAUACAUUUCUCAAUCCACACAGGUGUCAUACUGUAUCAUCAUAGUUGCACAUUACUUACAGACACAUAGUCUUGGAAAGUAUUCCUUUAAAAAAGCUUCAAUUUGCGUGUCUAAAUGCAUCACGACAAGCUCAAUUCAAUGCAACUAGGCAUGGGCCUAUGUAUGAGAUUCUGACCGUAUGAUAACCUGGGGCAGAAAAAAAGUCACGUUUUCCCAGUAUUACGUUAUUUUGAAAUGUCUUUAUUGAAAAGAGAAAAAAAAUGAAAUCAAAACAGUAAUUUGUCAACCAUACAACACGAUGAAAGUGGAACAUAUUUAUUUCAAAUAAAUCACAAAACAUAACUGAAUUGUCUCUCAAUAAACAAUAAAUAAAUCAAACGCAGUUCACAAUGCAGUAGACUGCGGCUAAUCCUGCAACUCAAGUCACAAAAAAAAGCAAAAUUCAAAUAAAUGCAAUCCAGUAGCUCAAGAAGGUCACAACAUCAAUCAUUUUUUU